AUGGUCCUGCUCGCGCAAGGCAAAGCAGACGAGGCAGACGAGGCAGACGAGGCAGACAAGGGAGACAAGGGAGACAAGGGAGACAAGGGAGACAAGGGAGACAAGGGAGACAAGGGAGACAAGGGAGACAAGGNAGACAAGGGAGACAAGGGAGACAAGGGAGACAAGGGAGACAAGGGAGACAAGGGAGACAAGGGAGACAAGGGAGACAAGGUAGACAGAGUCGGUCUCAUCCGUACCAUUAGCUCAAUGACCGUGGUCCUCCUCCACAGUUACGAUGAUGUUGUGGAGGUAUGA